AUGCGGCCUGAUCGCCUGGGAAUAUGUAGCGCUUCGUGGAACGCGGAGCCGGCAGCCUAUUGGCCGCCGAGCCGCGCAGCCACGGGGCGGUGCAGAGUCCGUCGGGCAGUCUCUGCUGGAGCCGCCCCGGGACGUGGCCGGAGUCCGGAGGAGGGAGCGCAAGCCCGGGGCCGGCCAGGCUGCAAGAGCGGGCGAAGCAGAUGCAGUUGGGGACUCACAAGCAGGGCAGGGUUUCUACGGAUCGAGCUGCUGUUGCCGACCUCCAGUUUCAGCCAGCCUGCAGCUCCAUCACCGCAACCAACUGAGCCAGCCAGAUCUGAGGCCCAAGCUCCUGCUCCUCCAGCCAGAUUGGUGGCCACCGAGUAUCCCAUCACACCGGCCGAAAGGCAAGCUUCAUCUGCCCCACUGCUAGCUGCGCCUGAAGCCAUGGGCUUGGAACAAGCUCCUGCUGCCACUCCAGCAACAGCCGAUUCCGGCCCCCAGGCAGUCAACACGGGAGCACCAUAGGCCUGCAUACCUCAGGGACUAUGUUUGCUAGGGCUUGCGGACUAAGGGGGCAGGGAUGUUGUGUAUGUAGACUCAUGCAAUACAUUUAUACCAGCAUUCCUGCCUGGCUCAUUGGAGCCAUGUAGACUGAGCUUAGGGACUCAGGAACAAUGGGCAGUAGGAUCCAAGUCCUGCUGCCUGGGUCCAAUCAAGGGCCCCUGCUGGUUCAAAUGACCCAAUGGUUUUCUAGCGCGAGAACCUUGAACUGUAUAUAGUUGGCUCCAUUGGCCCAGUUCAGCAGUCUUCUAGUUUACAUGUUACCAUGCUGUAACUAAUAAAGAGAGCUAUGAUCACUGCAA